AUGCCACCGCCGCGCGCGGCCAACGUCCUCUACCCCAUUCUUUUCCUCCUCCUCCUCGACGCCGCAUCCGUCUCCGCUCUCCCUCACGACCCGGACUCCGAAUCGGAUUGCACCGGCCGGCAGAUCCACAUCCGGCACCUCCCGCCUCGAUUCAAUCUGGACCUCCUCACCAACUGCUCCGCAUACCCCCUCGCCGACGACCUCUGCCCCUUCGUCUCCAACCACGGCCUCGGCCCCAAAACCCACAACUCCUCCCACAGCUGGUACCGCACCGACCCCUCCAUGCUCGAGCUCAUCUUCCACCGCCGCAUGCUCGAGUACCCCUGCCUCACCCCCGACCCCUCCGCCGCCGACGCCGUCUACCUCCCCUACUACGCCGGAAUCGACGCCCUCCGCUACCUAUUCGGCCCCGAUCAAAACCACACUCCUUCCACCCCCCCAACCUCGCCUUCUUCGAAUCCUGGCUAG